AUGCUCAACCACGACAAGAAGGAAGAAGAAGCAGCACUUGAAGUUCAUCAGUUUUGGAUCCCCAUAAAAGUCAAGUGUUCACCAGACUUUAAGAUCGUUCUGUGCUCUAUGUAUACUCCAAAAUUCGUGUUGCUUGAAUAAACUUCCUCGUUGCCGUUCACCCUGUGGAAGAGCAAGAAAAGAGUGUACCCUCUAAUGCCUCAGUAUGGCGUCUCGUGGCCCGAGUUAGAGAUGCGAGAAAAACAGCAACAACACAAGGGUCCACAAAGUUGGCAGUGUCACCAUCUGGUAAAAUCUCUAACAAAUGAAGGAAAUGCGAAAUUAUCAAGAUUUUCAUGUGUAAAAACAUUAGAUAUAAUUUAACUUACAUUCAUAACAUGUUGUCAUAUCGCGUGAUUUUUUUUUAUCUCAGCGCGGGCACCAAUUUUGAGCAAGCGUAGUUAAGAAAUGAGAGAGAGAAAAAUGAGAGCCGUGGUUUUGUUGACUUCUAUAGUCAACGGCUGAGGUCGCACUACGGUUUGCCUCUAGAAUAACAGCGUUAUAAACUUAUAACCUCAUUGUUACACUAAACCUACUGCUUAAAGGUUCGCAUUUCCUUUGUAUAAGAAUUGAUUUUUUUGACUUGAUAAUUUAUGGGUGAUGAACAUGAGAUUUAUAAAUAAAACAUCAUGCCGGAUCAACGCGUUCUCGUGGUAAGUUUAGUUGUAAUUUCUAUUUUAUAUUUAUUUCUUAUUUAUGAAGUGGAGACUUUUUGCUCCCCAUGCCUUGAUUGUGAAGCAUGCUUUACAAUUACGUCGUGUGUUCAUUCGGAAAGGACAGCCCUUAUGUUUACCUUUAGGUCCUUCAGGGUUAGGCAAAUGCAAAGAUUGGCUCACUGGAGUGGGCCUAUCUGCGGCAACAACCCUGGUUCACCGAGAUGUUAAAUAA